UUGUGAGGGACAAUAGCGCUCCAUAGCAGCGCGGGGGAUUACCGUUAGAAUGGCGUGCGAGCGCUGGAAGGGCCGCUGCUUCGUUUCUGUUUCCUCAACCCGUCGCUCCAGCAAACACUCGCCUCUGUGUCGCCUCCCUCCGACUGCUCACAUCCCGCUCACCCACCAGCACCUCCUCCCUGCCUGAAGCCGGUGGCCACAUGGAGAACCACCUCACCUUCCUGCGCUUUGCGUCCGGCAGCAACCUGCUGCAGGAGCGGCUCCGGCUCAGGAACCCGUCUGCUAAGGUCCACUGCGCGGCCCGGCUGAAGGACCAUAGGUUGGUUUUUGGGAACCAUAAAGGCCUCGCCAGCGAGCGGUGGCGGGGUGUGGCCACCGUAGAGCGCAGCCCCGGGCAGGAGGUGUGGGGUCUGGUGUGGAGGAUGAGCACGUCUGACCUGGAGUCUCUGGACAGCCUCUUCUGGAGAGAGUAAUCAUUGCUGUGAUAUCAGAUGAUGAAUGUUAUUCUUCUCUCAAAAGCCCAAACAACAACAUCUUCAAGUACCUCCUGCAUUCUCCAGUCGAUCAGUGGUGAAUCACGACCCGGGAGACGGAUGUCAAAGUCACAGCUGGGUUUUAUUCGUGGACGGGGUCGAGGAUAGGUCCAGCAGUACACACAAAGUGGUGGAAGGCAAAGAUCCAAAAGGGUCAGGCAGGAAGGAACGUGUCCCCCAGAGGAACCGAAGCGCUCGUUGAUGUGUUUCAGCAGUUGAGCGCUAUCACACAGGAAUAGAUAUAUGAGACUCACAGGCUGCCCUGCAAUAAAUGACUCCUUUGUUAACAUUAAAAAAACAAUACAAUUAGUUGAUACAUGAUUAAUUAAAGACUUGGACAACAUCAGCAUGCACGUCUGUAUGAAACUAAUAGUAAUAAUACCAAAGAAACUAAUAAUUGACUAAUAAGGGAAUCUCACUGUGUGACUUUCCUGUGUGAUGCCAUAUUGGGAGUCAUGACAGGGUCUUUUUGCCUGUGUGAACGUGGUUGUUUUAAUGGUAUUAUUAUUUCUCUCUGUGAAGCAUCUGGAAUAGGAAUCGGUCUGUUUACAGCACUCGUCAUCUGACCAGCGGGUCCCAGCAGCCCGGACACACCUGCUCUCGUUUAACAGAGCCGCCGGCCAGUACCAGACUGUUCUUUGCACACGUGAGAGCUCCAAACAUGAGGGAAAGGCAGCGUGCGCAGAGGGACAUCGUCGCUUUGUUGUCACAGCUUUGUCUUCUACAGAGUCAACUGUGCUGAUCCCCUGUUAUGCUAGCAGUUCUUUGGAUACAGCUCACAUACGGGACAAUACUCUGUUUAGUACAGUGCAGAGGUGGAAAGACUUCUCUGAUAUAGCUUAGUGGAUAAUCCCGAUAUGGCCAAGAAAUCAUCUUUAUUUAUGUAUGCAUUGUAGGUGGUGAGUAAUUAAUGUGCCUUUAAUACACUGUGUAAUCAAAUAUAGCCUGGAGAACAUUUGGGGUCCUUCAAUUUGCAAACUCUAUACAGCUGAAGUUCAAGCCAUCCAUGGUGAUGUUGGAGGGCAUUUGCGGAUUUGUGGCUGUUAUUGGUUGUGAAAAAAUAUAUCUGUGACUUUAAUGAUGCACAGUAAAUGCGUUGGACUACUUCAACCGCUGCAGGUGACCAUGACGGGGGGGGGGGCAGAACGGCUUGCCAACGGACUACCAGAAGAAGCUGAGAGCUAUCAAGACCAACGCGUUUGAGGCUCCUCUACCCGUGAUGGCUGAACUGAGCAAACCAGCGCGAGAGGCAGAGCCAACCGGCGCUCCGAUGCCUGACAGCAGCAUCCGGGCCGCACUGCAUUCAACCUCCUACUGCAUCACGUUCAGCCCAGCCAGCUGCCGAAUGCAUCGAUGGGUCUGUGGUCUGACUACAGUUGCCUGUACAGAUGAAUGUAAUUGUCACAUUGUCGUAGUUCACCAUAAGGAACAAUAAUACAGAUUGUUCUAUUCUUGGCUUCACCAUUGUGUCUUUAUCUUUUUGAGGUGGAAAUAUAUUCCAAUGCUUGUUUAUUGCUUGUAACAACACUUUGAGUAAAACAGUUACAGUAUCA